AUGCCCACCAGUGACGCAGCUGUGGAAAAGCCACAGUACGGACAAAGAAUGAUUUUUACAGGCCCAGAUGGGAUCGGAGACUACAGGCCUAGAUCAAAUUAUUUCCCCCAGUACAUCAGUGAGGGUUCUGGAUCACCUGAGGCCACAGGUGACCUCAGUUAUUUGUUCCGGGCUGCACCUCUCGCCCCUCUGUCGACGCCCAAGCAGAGCUACGUGGGGGAAAUAGGCUGGGGUUGGCGGUAUAACCAGCAGCUGAACGGAGGGACGCUGCUCAGUAACAUGCAAAUAAAGAAAACUGACAUACGUGCAGCGGUGGAAGACAGAAUAUCUCACAUGUUCCAAACAAACAAACAAAAGAACAUGACAGAUGACUCACAAGUCGACACCAAAGUUCACAGAAACAGUCGGAGAUAA